AUGCAUAUCCUGGUCACCAACGACGACGGUCCUCCGUCAAACCAGUCAUCGCCGUACGUGCAUUCGCUCGUCCACUCGCUCCAGUCCGCCGGCCACACGGUUUCGGUCAUUCUCCCGCACCAGCAGCGAUCAUGGAUCGGUAAAGCGCACAUCGUAGGCGCAUCCGUCAAACCUACCUACUUCCGGCCUGGCACACUCCACCAAGAAGAUGGGACAAUACACCGGCUGCCCCGGGGAAGUGAUGGUGAACCAGACGAAGGCGACGAAUGGGUUCUGAUCGACUCGACUCCCGCGAGCUGUGUCCAGAUCGGUCUAUAUCACUACUUCAAAGAACGUGGCCCUAUCGAUGUUAUUGUCUCCGGUCCAAACUAUGGUCGCAACACAACCGCACUGUUCGCAUUGUCCAGUGGAACCAUUGGCGCGGCGAUGGAAGGUGCUUGCUGCGGCAAGCGCUCAAUUGCUCUGUCAUAUGCUUUCAGCUCUCGAAACCACGACCCUGUUAUCAUCGCUGAGGCUGCGGGCCAUUCAGUCAAGCUGAUUGAGCAUCUUUGCGCAAACUGGGCAGACGGGGUGCACCUCUAUAGCGUCAAUGUUCCCCUCGAACCUGGCGUCAGCGAGAAUAAGGUUUUAUAUACCAAUAUGCUGCAGAAUACGUGGACAUCUGGGAGUUGUUUCCAGGCCGUCGACCCCACAUCUGCAGACGACCCUGAUUUGCAAGAAAAGCAGCUUCGCAACGAAGGCGAGGUGGCAGGAAAGAAGCCGGAUCAGACUGUCGGUAACAGCGAGAAGUCAUCCAGUGGACCCCGGAUCCAGCACAAGCAUUUCAAGUGGGCGCCUAGUUUCCAGGACGUUUACCGAAGUGUGGAGGAAAGUGAGCCUGGCAAUGAUGGCUGGACAGUUAAGGAGCAAAUGACCAGUGUCACGCCUCUUAAGGCCAAUUUCAUGCUCGCACCCGGUAUUUCGGGGGAGAUUAAGCUAUCGGCCAAUCAGCCUUCAUUGUACUCCCUCGUCGACUGCGAUGACCCCUACGUGCAAGAAAUGGUCGACCGGGCAUUGAAUCGCCGCCUGGGAAGUGCCUCCAAGCGUGUGUCUUCUGUGUCCGAACUACCGGACUCUUCUGCACCGCUUUUCCAGUACCGCGAAUAUGAGCGCCUCGACUUCGAUCAUAUCAUGUCCAGACCCUCGACGUCUCUUUCCAGCGCAUACAUCAUCCGGAAAGCUUUGAUUCGCAAGCACUAUCUCUCAAACACAGUGGCCAAUUGGAUCUCAAAACACCCAGAUAGCGUCCUGCGACGCCACUUCAAGCCCGCCUUCGACUUCGAACUCGACUAUGCCGAAUUCCUCGACGACGCCCUGCUAGAAGCAUACGAGCUGAACGAAAGCCUAGCCAAGAACGAAGAGCGCCCCGACUCCGAAAAAGAAUGGUGGAUCCUCAAGCCCGGCAUGAGCGACCGAGGCCAGGGAAUCCGCAUCUUCAACAGCGAAGACCAGCUACGCGAGAUCUUCGAGGAGUGGGAAGAAGACUCUGACGACGAGAGCGGAUCCGAGACAAACGCGGACGACGCCGAAGGCGAUGUCAGCACCGCCCUAGACACAGGCAUCGUCACUUCACAGCUCCGCCACUUCCUCGCACAGCCCUAUAUCGACCCUCCCCUCCUCCUUCCAUCAUCCUCGAACCGCAAAUUCCACAUCCGCACCUACGUCCUCGCAUCGGGCUCACUCAAGGUCUACGUCUUCAAGGAGAUGCUCGCGCUCUUUGCUGCUAAGGCCUACUGCCCUCCGCACGAAGAAGACGACGUCGCCGACCUCGCACGCCAUCUGACUAACACCUGUUUCCAGGAAGGCGGCAGCUCGAAUGAAGGCAGUGUGCGCCGCUUCUGGGACCUGGACCAUCACGUCCCCGGUCUCAGUGCAGACUGGAAGGAGAAGAUCUUUGGGCAGAUCUGCUCGGUGACGGGUGAGGUGUUUGAGGCUGCGGCCCGGGGUAUGAUGAUUCAUUUCCAGACUCUGCCUAAUGCGUUUGAGCUGUUUGGUGUUGAUUUCCUCGUUGAUGCUAAUGGGGAUGUGUGGCUGCUGGAGCUCAAUGCAUACCCGGAUUUCGCGCAGACUGGCGAGGAUCUGAAGGAGGCUGUUGUUGGCCGCUUGUUUGAGGAGGUGGUUGAUGUUGCUGUCAAGCCGUUCUUUGGUCUGGGUGAUGGGGCUGGUACUGAUGAUAUGAAACUGGUUGCUGAUAUUGAUCUCGGGAGACAUGCUUAA